AUGGAAUAUCUGUCUAGAACUCUAUACAAGGUGGGUGAGGAUAGCUGCUUUAAAUUUCAUCCAAGUUGUAGGUCUACAAAGUUGACUCACCUCUGCUUUGCAGAUGAUCUCAUCUUAUGCUGCAAAGGUGAGUUUCACUCUAUUCAGCUGCUUCUCCAAGGUUUCAAACUUUUUUCUUACACUUCUGGUCUGAAGGCUAACAUUCAAAAGUCAGCUGUGUAUUGUGCUGGUAUGAAACCAGAGGUAGUUCAGCAGGUAGUGGACAUUUCUGGGUUUGCCUUGGGUUCUUUUCCCUUUAGGUAUUUAGGGGUUCCUAUUUACUUUAAAAGAAUCACUAAUGCUGAUUGUGAAGGAUUAGUUGAUAAAAUGAUGGCAAGAAUCAAGACUUGGAGUUCUAGGAACUUGUCUUUUGCAGGAAGGAUAACUCUUAUCAAUUCAGUCCUCUUAAGCAUCCACUCUUACUGGGCUCAAGUGUUUAUCCUUCCUAAACAUGUGCUUAAAAAUGUUGAAGCUAUCUGUAGAGCCUUUUUAUGGCAAGGCACUUACUUUUGUUCUAAACCAGGUUAUGUUGCCUGGGAUAGAGUUUGCAGACCUAAAAAGGAAGGGGGAUUAGGAAUAAGGCAAGUUCAGGCAUGGAAUAUUGCAGCUUUAGGGAAAUAUGUUUGGGCUAUAGCUAGAAAACAGGACACAAUGUGGGUUAGAUGGGUCAAUGCAAUCUACAUUAAGACUGCAGGUUGGUGGGAUUAUCAGCCAAAAGCUGAUAGUGGUUGGUACUGGAGAAAGAUUUGUAGUGUGAAGGAGAAACUAAAGGGUUUGUUUAGUGAGGCUGAGUUGGCUCAAAUGCCUAAAUACUCUAUCCAGAAGGUAUACCAGAAGUUGGUUCAACAGCAUGAGAAGGUCCCUUGGGGAUCUGCAGUGUGGAAUAGAGCCUCUAUUCCCAAGACUAGAGUGAUUUGCUGGCUGAUGGUCCAAGGGAGACUGCAAACAAGAGAAAGGCUACAUAAGAUUGGGGGGAUUGAGGAAUGGCUAGAUAUUCCUACUAGCAAAGUACAUUAUAUGGGCCUGCUGAGGUGGGUUAAAUGGAAGAGCCAGUGCAGCAAAUUCCAAAAGACAUCAAUACACACUGCUGUCAAUGCUACUGUGUAUAAUCUAUGGAGAGAAAGAAAUGAUGCUCUCUGGAAUCAGAAGGUUCCUACUCCUUCAGCUACUAUCAGAUGCAUUCAGAGGAGUGUGAUUGACAGAUUAGCUCAUAUAGGUGCUAAGCAAUCUAGCACAAAUGACCAGAUUUGGUGGAAGAGCAAAUGCACUGUUUAG